AUGGGGAAUAUCACCAACAUCCGAAUGUUCGUUUUGUUUGAAUCCAGAAUCACUUCUUCACGUCGUCGCUGGAUGCAAGACCUACCUAAUGAAGGACGUUUUACGUGGCGUCAUGAUUCGGUGCUUAACUUCAUAGCAUCCAUACUUAAAUCUGUGAACCAUUGUAACCUUUAUGCUGACCUUCCUGGCUAUAUCAGUCCAUCUGUUAUCACCGGAGAUGAAUUGCGCCCUGAUCUUUUGAUAACACUUGAAAACAAAUGUAUUUAUAUACUUGAACUUACCGUCGGAUUUGAAUCUAAUCUCCUCACUAAUGCAACUCGAAAAAGACAAAAAUAUCAAGAUCUAAUUAACGAACAGCUCAAAAAUUAUGAAAAAGUGAAAUUUGUAAAUUUAUCGAUUAGCUCAUUAGGAGUUUUCAGCCACCCGUCUCUAGAUUUCACCGAAAUGCUGAAGGAUCUAAAGUUUGAUGAACAAUGUAGAAAGUACUAUGUUCGGAAAAUUAUUAACAUAUGUAUCAGGUCCUCGUAUUAUAUAUUCUGUAAGCGUAACAAAGAAUGGGAUAACCCACAACUAAUGUCAUACUAA